AUGGCGCUGGCGCUGUUAGAGGACUGGUGCAGGAUAAUGAGUGUGGAUGAGCAGAAGUCGCUGAUGGUUACGGGGAUACCGGCGGACUAUGAGGAGGCUGAGAUUCAGGAGGUCCUUCAGGAGACUUUAAAGUCUCUGGGCAGGUAUAGACUGCUUGGCAAGAUAUUCCGGAAGCAGGAGAAUGCCAAUGCUGUCUUACUAGAGCUUCUGGAAGAUACUGAUGUCUCGGCCAUUCCCAGUGAGGUCCAGGGAAAGGGGGGUGUCUGGAAGGUGGUCUUUAAGACCCCUAAUCAGGACACUGAGUUUCUUGAAAGACUGAACCUCUUUCUAGAGAAAGAGGGGCAGACGGUCUCGGGUAUGUUUCGAGCCCUGGGGCACGAGGGCGUGUCUCCAGCCACAGUACCCUGCAUCUCACCAGAAUUACUGGCCCAUUUGUUGGGACAGGCAAUGGCACAUGCGCCUCAGCCCCUGCUACCUAUGAGAUACCGGAAACUGCGAGUGUUCUCUGGGAGUGCUGUCCCAGCCCCAGAGGAAGAGCCCUUUGAGGUCUGGUUGGAACAGGCCACGGAGAUAGGCAAAGAGUGGCCAGUAACAGAGGCAGAAAAGAAAAGGUGGCUGGCAGAAAGCCUGCGGGGCCCUGCCCUGGACCUCAUGCACAUAGUGCAGGCAGACAACCCGUCCAUCAGUGUAGAAGAGUGUUUGGAAGCCUUUAAGCAAGUGUUUGGGAGCCUAGAGAGCCGCAGGACAGCCCAGGUGAGGUAUCUGAAGACCUAUCAGGAGGAAGGAGAGAAGGUCUCAGCCUAUGUGUUAAGGUUAGAAACCCUGCUCCGAAGAGCCGUGGAGAAACGCGCCAUCCCUCGGCGUAUUGCGGACCAGGUCCGCCUGGAGCAGGUCAUGGCUGGGGCCACUCUUAACCAGAUGCUGUGGUGCCGGCUUAGGGAGCUGAAGGAUCAGGGCCCGCCCCCCAACUUCCUUGAGCUAAUGAAGGUAAUACGGGAAGAAGAGGAGGAAGAGGCCUCCUUUGAGAAUGAGAGUAUCGAAGAGCCAGAGGAAGGAGAUGGCUAUGGCGGCUGGAAUCAUGAAGGGGACGACUGA